UAUCGCACCUAUUUCCGAACCUUAGACCUUCCGAACUAUACAUCAAUCUAACCUAAAAAGUUAAGGCUUCAUACUUAAAACUAACCCAGAAUCGUGUCAUCGAUCACCGGUGCUGUGAAUGAAUAAUAUUUAAUAUAGAAAAGAGUAGUGAAUCGGUAUAGAGAUGGUUUUUCAAUCAUUGACGUUAUUCGCGCGGUCGAGAGGUCCAGAUGAGUUCUGGCGUAAAAGGAAAAUUUUCAAACUCGCCGCACACUUCGUUGGCCGUAAGAGAAACUGCUACAGUAUCGCUAUAAGAUAUGUACAUCGUGCUUUGCGUUAUGCUACUAUGAGUAGGAAACUCAAGAAAGCCGAUAUGUUGAAUCUCUGGAACACAAGGCUCACAGCUGCAUGUGCCGAGCAUGAUAUAAAUCUCCGGACAUUUAAAGAGUCGUUGAUGCGAAACAACAUUCUGAUCGAUAGAAAGACUCUGGUUGAUCUGGCAAUAUGGGAACCCAGAAGUUUUAAGUCACUGACUCAAUUAGCAAUUGCCAGAGGAAAGCAGGAUGGUCUUAAUGAUGUGAUGUAUGUAAAAACACCACCUGGUGUAAUAACAAGAGGAAUGCUUAAGUGAACUUCAGAGUAUGAAGUGAACUUAAGCCAUAGAGAAUAAUAUAGUAUUGAUGAGAAGCUGAUGUAAUGUAAUUUAUAAUAUUCACUAAUACAAUAAACAAAAUGAUAAAUAUAUUUAGUAAUUGAACCAGAUGUUUAUGACUGAAUUAUUAUUAUUGUUGUUGUACCCAUUUACUCCAACGCUGAGUAAAUUUCUAUAUAUGUAUUACACAUUCGUUCAUAGAGUAACAAUAAUCACAUUUAUUAAUAGUAGUAACAACCAACACAAUAAACUUAUCAACUUAGGUCUAUUGCUUAGCGUUAACUAUUUGUACGAAAUCUGGCUUCAGAGAAGCA